AUGCCAGGCGAGGUAGCAAAGGAGAUCGAAAAGCUCAAGGUGCUUCCCGUAGAGGACCUCAAAGCCGAAGAACGUCGGCUGCUCCGCAAGCUCGACAUCCGAUUGAUGCCGACUCUGUUUGUGCUCCUCAUCCUCAAUUACCUCGACAGGAAUGCUCUCGCCAGUGCACGCGUCCAAGGCAUUGAAAAGGACCUCAGGAUGAAGGGCACCGACUUCAGCACUGCCAUCAGCAUCCUAUUCGUCGGGUACAUCCUUGGCCAGCUGCCCGCUAACCUGAUUCUCUCCCGCUCUCGCCCCUCUGUCUUUCUGGCGGGCUUCGUGGCCCUCUGGGGAGCUGUGUCGGCAACGACAGCAGCUGCAGACUCGUACGCGCACCUCGUCGUUAUUCGCUUCUUUCUCGGCAUCGUCGAGGCCCCUUACUUUCCAGGAGCGCUCUUCCUCCUUUCGUCGUGGUACACGAAGCGCGAAGUGGCGCUGCGCACUGCCCUUCUCUAUUCGGGCUCCUUGCUUGCAGGCGCCUUUUCUGGUCUCAUUGCUGCCGGCAUUCAGGCGGGGCUCGACGGAGCCCACGGUCUGCCAAGCUGGCGGUGGCUGUUCAUCAUCGAAGGUAGCAUCACUGUCGGCGUCGCCCUCGUCGCCAUCUUCAUCCUGCCCGACUACCCUGCCACGACACGGUGGCUUUCGCCGAGAGAGAGAGCAGUCGCCCUGUACCGCCUCGAGACCGAUGCGGGCGUGAGCGACCACACACCCAACAGCAGCCUGAUGCGAAACCUCGUCCUGGCCCUCAAGGAUCCGAAUCUGUACCUGCUCAGCCUCGCUAUGGUCUGCAAGACGACCGCAGCAGCUGUCACGCAGUUCAUCCCCACCGUCGUGGCGACAUUCGGCAUGUCCAAGGUGGCGACGCUGCUCCUCACUGCACCGCCCUACAUCUUCUCCAUGAUCAUCUCGCUGCUGGUCUCGCGGCUGUCGGAUCGGGUGCCCGAGCGGUGCGGCCACGUCUGCGUGCCCCUCGUCUUUGCACUGGUGGGCUUCAUCAUUGCAGCUUCCACGACGCAGACGGCGCCCCGCUAUCUCUCCAUCUUCCUCAUGCUCGGCGGCAUCUAUGGCAGCUACAACGUCGCUCUGGCCUGGAUUUCGUCCACUUUUCCUCGGCCAAAGGAGAAGCGCGCAGCAGCGUACGCCAUCAUCAAUGGCCUCGCCAACCUGGCCCAAGUCUGGUCCCCUUACCUCUACCCGCAGUCCGAUGGCCCGCGCUACAUCAAGGCUUUUUCCGUAAACUCGGCCAUGCUCUUCCUCUGCAUCGUCUUCAGCCUCACCCUGCGCUUCUAUCUGAAGCGGGCAAACGAUCGCAUGGACGAGAGGGCGGCACAGCUGCGCCAGGCCGGUGUCGCAGAGGAGGAGGACGAUGAAGCGGAGGGCGAUGCGGUUCUCAAGAUUCGCUACCUCUUGUAA